CGGAAGUGACGCAGACGUCAAUAAGAAGAAGACACAAGCAACAGUGUAUAGCGCAGCACAGUGCAUCCUUCUUUUAAUAUUUUAAAACAAAAAUACAACAUGUCUUCGGAUUUUGAAGCGUACGAGCAGGACUUUGGCACCCUCACCGCGGAUAUAACCAACAAAAUUGGAAGAAUACCCAAACUAGCCGGUGAGGAGAAGACACAGCUGGUUCUAAAUGUCGACAAACAGCUUGAAGAAGUCAGAGAGUUGCUCGAGCAGAUGGACCUGGAGGUUCGAGAGAUCCCUGUUCAGAGCCGAGGCAUGUACAGCAGCCGUCUGAAGAGCUACAAGCAAGAGAUGGAGAAACUUGAGAAAGAGUUUAAAAGGUCACGUAUUGCCUACAGUGAUGAGGUGCGGAACGAGCUCCUGGGGGAUGAUGGGAGCUCCUCGGAGAGUCAGGUAGGGUGUUAAUCAGCGGCUGUGCUUUCCCAGUGUGGGUGGCUGCUCGGGGUGAGGACGGGUCAGGGCCACGAGGGGCAGAGAGAGGCAGGCAUUGGCACCCAGUCAUGCAGAAGCAACACUGUUUAAUGCAAAGCUGCCCAAUGCUGAA